AUUGCUUACACGUAAAUUGCUUUGAUUUUCAACUUACUACGUUUGAUGUGCAGCGAUCAAAUCCAAAGCUACUUGUAUAUCAAUAGUUGCUAACAAAUUACGUUUGCUGUUGCUAGCAGCUCCGUUUGCUAGCUGUUGUUUUUUCCAGGCAGCACCUCCACCAAGACGACGGAUGGCAGUGUGGUGCCUUUAACAAACGUAGAAGAAGAACGCUCUUCCUCUCUUUUUCUGGUAGAGGGUUGUUUUGGUUUUGGCAGCAAGGAGAAGAACUUGGGUUUUGAUUAACUGCACAACAGCGCUAAAUAGUGUAUUUUAAAUUUGGAAAUGUUGUCAUUCAACUCUUUCCGGAUUGUGUGCCAAUACCGGGCUUUACUGCACCCAAACUGGCUGAUGACGAACCGACAGGCUGUUUCUAAAACGGUUACAUGUUCAGCACAUUGUAUGUCGACCAGCUUCCCCACAUGGCACAGCAACAUGAACCUCAAAGCACCGGGGAAGGAAACAAAGCUAAUGUUCUACACUAACACUGUCAGUUCAAUUAGGACUUGCUAUACAAGUCAAGUCAAUCGGAACUGCUGGAAUUGCAAACAGCUUCUUGACAAAACACCUGCUUUCUUCUGUAUGUCAUGCAAAGUAGUCCAGCCCCCAGAAGAAGGGAUAUCCUUCUUCAGCAUCAUGGACUGUGACUACACAUUCACACUGGACACGCAAAAGCUGCAGAAAAGAUACUUGCAGCUCCAGCGGUCUCUACAUCCAGACAACUUCAGCCAGAAAUCUGUGAAAGAACAGGAGUAUUCAGAAAGCUACUCGGCUUUUGUGAACAAAGCAUACCAGACUCUGCUUAAGCCUUUGAGUCGAGGUCUUUAUAUGCUUGAGCUAGAGGGGAUGUGUAUAGAAGAGGGCACCGACUCCGGGGCUGAUUCCGAGUUUCUAAUGGAGCUGAUGGAGAUCAAUGAAGCCCUUGAUGAAGCACUGACUGCAGCAGAAGCCAAUAAGAUCGGACAAGACACAAAGGGGAAACUGUCAGUCUUGACAGAGGAGAUAGACGCUGCCCUCCAUAAAGGAGAGCUUCAAGCCGCCAAAGCCCUGCUAGCCCAAAUGAAAUACUUUGCAAACAUUGAAGAGAAAGUGAAGGAAAAACUUUCCGAAUUAAUGUAAUUUCCACCCCAGUUUUUUGUGUCACUUAAUUGAAUAUUUUUAGCUACUUCAAUAAGUUUUGUACAGAAACACACACAUAAUUGUACAUUUGUUUUGGGAGAAUGUAAAUAUAAUAUUCCAGUUGAAUAAUAAAUCUACUUCUAAUGCAGAAUUCACAACUGAAGUAAUGGUGAUUUGUACUUAAUCUGCUUUUAUUUUAUUAAAAACUGCACAGCUAUGAGGGUGUAAUUGGAUGCAUACAGUUUCUCCCUUGAUUUCCACUAAUUUCACCAGCCUAAUCAUAUCUACUUGUACCUAAUGUAUCAUUAAAUAUGACAGAGAUA